GCUCCUGCCACCACCCGUUUGUAAGGUGGAAAAAGAAAGCGUUAACAAAAAAUAUAUAUUAUUUGCCAUAACUAUAAUGCUGAAGUUCCGUUUUAUUGUAACUAUAUAAAGAUCGAUCGGAGUGUGUGGCUCUGUUGUGAGUGUCGUGAACUUGACGGCUUUCGGUUGGGUCGGCUGCCACCCAGAGGCAGGGCGCAGAGUUGCCCGGUGACCCAUGACCCGGGCGCGCGCUCUCGCCGUUAAUGGGCGGAGUCAGGCGGCAGGCGGGGUGCGCGGUCUGCGGCCGGGCGCCGGGACCGGACCGGACCGGACCGACCCAGCAAUGGACUGGGGGCAGCUGGAUCUCAAUCCCAAAGUCGUGGCCGCUGUUAGAAAGGCAAACAUCCAUUCUAUGAAAGAGAUCUUGAGCUUGUCAGGACCAGAUCUGCAGCGACUCACUAAACUGUCCAAUCGUGAUGUACAGUAUUUGCAUAAAACUGUUGCUGUGGCUAUAAAGAGUGAUUCAGUGGUAACAGCCCUUCAGAUAUACAAUGGACAAUGUCCUUUUCCAACUCAGAAUCAAAGACUUAGCAUGGGUUGCCCAGUACUGGACUUGCUACUAGGAGGUGGAAUUCCAUUAAUGGGAAUUACAGAAAUUGUUGGAGAGAGUUCAGCAGGGAAGACUCAGAUCUGCAUGCAGCUCUGUCUGUCUGUCCAGUUCCCAUGCAAUUAUGGUGGACAAGAAUCAGGAGCUGUGUAUAUUUGUACAGAGGAUACUUUUCCAAAUAAACGUUUGCAGCAAUUGAUUGCCUUUCAGCCCAUGUUAAGAGCUGAUGUACCUGCUGACAUUGUCAACAAUAUUAAGUUUGCUAACAACAUCUUUAUUGAACAUGUUGCAGAUGUGGAAUCAUUCAAUCAUUGUCUUAGUAAAAGAUUACCAAUAUUGCUGUCACGUGGCUUGAUACGUCUGGUGGUAGUCGAUUCGAUUGCAGCUUUAUUCAGAUGUGAAUUUGGAGCCACUGAUUCCAUUGCAAAAGCCAAAUGUCUUCAGAAGUUUGGUGCCAUGCUCCACCAUCUCAGCCACAGAUUUAGUAGCCCCAUCAUCUGUGUCAACCAGGUAGCAGAUGCAGUAAGUGAUUCGCAUUGGGCUCAGAAUCAAUUAGGCAUGUCAGAGAGAAGAGUAUUGCCAGCUCUAGGUCUGACCUGGUCAAAUCAACUCUUGAUGAGGCUAAUGGUUAGUCGAACACAUAUCUGCAUAGAAAGCAAGCUUCCUGAUGGCAAAGUUUGUUCAUCAAAUACUGGGACAGUUCUACGAAGAAUGGAAAUUAUUUUUGCCCCUCAUCUUCCCCAAUCAUUCUGCAACUACAUAAUCAGCAAAGAAGGUGUAAGGGGAAUGAAAGGAACAGAAGUAUAACCAAGGUUUAAUCUACCUUUUUCCUUCCCCUGCAAUAUUUUUCUCUAACUAGGUUUCCAAUAGAGUUAACUCCAUCACCAACUUCCAUCCAUAUCAGGAUGGUUUAAUAUUUCAACAUAAUUUUUAAUCAUUUGAAGUGACUUUAUUAACACAAUUAUUAAUGCUUUCAUUAUCCACAGCAGUUGUAUUUGUGGUCCUUGCCUUUCUUCUUCAAAAAUCACUUUUCAGAAAGCUGGCUGGUCCAGCCAUCCUCAAUUCAUUUGGCUUAUUUGAUUGACUGUUUUCAAAAUAACUCACAGCUUUAAUCAAUUUAAUUUGGCAGCCUGAGGCAGUCACAACUUGCAACUUCAGUACAUUUUGUUUUAUCAUUCUGCAAUUUAAACUUUUACCUGGAGUAAAGUAGUGAGCAGAUUUUAUCAAAGAUCUUUUGAAUAUUUGUCAAAUUUUUGCUGACUUCAUUAAGGUUGUGUACAUCAACGAUCUGUAGUUUAUAGUAUUCAGAAUUUUUAUUAAUACUAUACUGUUGGAUACUAGUGUAAAAACACAAGAUAUUCAACUGAAAUGUCUUCAACAAAAUUUCAUGAUUGAGAGCUUAAAUCAAGAAUCCUUUUUUUUAAGACUAAUGACAAACAAUUCCUGUAGUUCAACUGUGGCUAUGAAUCACAGCCUGUUAAUUGCCGACUGUUCUAAUUAUCAUUCUUCUGUGGCUGCUGGAUAGCAAGAAGAUUGAUGGUUUGCAUGAAAUAAGUUCAAAUUGACAAGUGUUCCUAAUUAUUAAAAAUGUAACAGUUUUGCAAUUUACAAGCCUCUGGUUCACUUAGAAAACUGAUUUCUACAUUAUAAAUUGUGACUUCAUAAUAAAAGAUUUUUUACUAUGAUC